AUGUCUACAAUCACAACUCAAGUCAUUGAUUGUGCUACGGCGAAUAACUCUCUUGAGACUUUCAGCCCUUUGUAUCAUCACCCAUCUGAUUCCUCCGGUACGCAACUUGUAAAUUCAAUAUUUUAUGAGAAAGGAUAUGCCGGUUGGAGUCGGGCACUUGUCAUAGCUUUGUCAGCUAAAAACAAGCUCAGUCUCAUUGAUGGUACGUUAUCUGAACCUGCUGUUUCUACUGCUCGGCACAAACUUUGGUCCAGGUUCACAAAUCCAAAAUCAUCUGUUCAUAUAAAUGUCUACAAUGACAUUUUCAUGUGUGAUAUUUGUGCUGAUGAGAAAUUUACAAGUACUGAUAUGUUCAAAAUUAUGGAAUGCAGUCAUUCUUAUUGCAAGAAUUGCAUUGCUAAGUACAUAUCCUCAAAACUCCAAGAGAACAUUUCUCGAAUUUCGUGCCCCGUUACGGCGUGUAACGGGGAAUUGGAACCGCAAAGUUGUGGUUCCAUUUUGCCUUAUGACGUGUUCGUUAAGUGGGGAGAUGCGUUGUGUGAGUCGAUGAUUUUGGUGUCUGAGAAAUUUUAUUGUCCGUUUAAGGAUUGCUCCGCACUUUUGAUUGAUGAAUGCGCGGGCGAAAAUAUGGUUAUCGAUCAAUCGGAGUGCCCGGAAUGUAGGAAGUUAUUUUGUGCAAAGUGUAAAGUUCCAUGGCAUUCGGGAUUUGUGUGUGAAGAAUUUGACAAGUUGAACAAUGAUGAAAGGGAGGUUGAAGGUUUACAACUUAUGAAACUUGCAAAGAGUCAAGGAUGGCAAAGAUGUCCAAGUUGUAUGAUGUAUGUUGAGAAAUCUGAAGGUUGUUUACACAUGAUAUGCAGGUGUGGAUGUGAAUUUUGUUACAACUGUGCAACUCACUCAAAUGGAUAUUUCCGAGACUUCUUGAUUGGCUAGUUGUAAAUAGCCGCGGGGCUAUGGAACAAAUGAUUAUCUCGGACCUUGGUUCUUAGAAGACAUUUACUUUACUUUUCGAAAAUUUAUCAGACCUAGGUGUAAUUUGCAAUUUGUGUUCCCAACGUAUGAUCGUUUUGUGAUCUACACUGGGCAUGUUGUUGUGGUCAUUGUCGUGGAAUUUGA